AUGGCUACACUGGUGGUGCUAACAGCUACCUGCGCCCAGGAAUGGUCAUGGGGAUCCUCUAACGCUGCUGCUCUGGAGGCUGGCAGGUCCCCCAGGGUGACGGGGCUACGCGAGCAGCUCCCCGUCCUCGUCAGCAGCGAGGGGGGCGUGUCAGAGAUGGAGGAGACGGAGCCCAGGAGCUUUGGCCUCUGUAGGCUUGGUGUCGGUGUCAAUCGUGAGGGGGACGGCUACCUGCCUGGUGAGGGCGGCUGUGAGGCGGGGCUCGUGUGUUGCAGGAGUCCCCACAUCCCCAGACCUCUCCACGAGCUCAUCUGCGGCCGUCGUCACUCCCAAGGCGUUCUGGCCCGAAUCAAGAACCCACACUUCGUCAAGGGCAACACAAAGUUCGGGGAGUACCCCUGGCAGGCGGCCAUCCUGAAGGCAGACGAGGGUGAAGUUGUGUAUGUGUGCGGAGCUGCGCUUACUGAUCACCGCCACGUCGUGACAGCUGCACACUGCGUCAGUCGGCUACAGGCGUCGCAGCUGAGGGUUCGUCUGGGUGAGUGGGACGUGAGGACACACACCGAGUUCUACGGCCACCUGGAGCUCUUGGUCGCUGCCGUCCACACACACCCGCACUUCUACGCCGGCAACCUCCACAACGACAUCGCCGUCAUCACCCUCCAGAUUACCGUCGACUUCUCCGCCUUCCCACACAUCUCGCCCGUGUGUCUGCCAGACAGCUACAGCAGCUUCGUGGGUCAGCGGUGCCACUCUACCGGGUGGGGGAAGGACGCCUUCGGCAGCGAGGGCAAGUACCAGACCAUACUGCAGGAGGUGGAGGUGCCCGUGCUGGACCACAACAACUGCCAGGAGGCCCUUAGGCACACCCGCCUGGGCCCUGACUUCACCCUUCACCCGGGGAUGGUGUGCGCGGGAGGUGAAGGAGGGAGAGACGCCUGCACGGGUGACGGAGGCGGCCCCCUGGUGUGCUCGGGUCCUGAAGGCAGGUUCCAACUGGCUGGCCUGGUGUCCUGGGGCGUCGGCUGUGGCCAACCAGGCGUCCCCGGCGUCUACGUCGACGUCGCUUACUACCUGGAGUGGCUUCUUGCCACGUCCGCUGCCGAGUGCACCUCACGCUCACACCUCACCUCACUGUGUGUCUUAUUAACUUAUUACUACCAGUCUCAGAAGAAGAUGAUGAUGGGAAGAGUGUGGCGGCCGCUGCUGUUCCUGCUGGGUGUUGAAGCUCUCCUGACUGCCGGAGUUCACGCCAACGACGACUGGUCAUGGGGCGAAGAUUCCCCCCAGGUGUCCUUAACUUCGACUGUGUCCACCAGCCCGUCCCCCAGCGACGCCGAUGUCGACCAAGAAUCCCUCGUUGAGUCUGAUAUUCCCAACAAGGAUGAUGUCGAGCCUCAGGAAGUAGAGGGAAGAAAUGCUCGAUUUUUGGGUCUGGGAGAGAGGAUCUGUGCCCUCGGUAUCGGUGCACUUUGUAAGAAGAAGUACCCGUCAGCUGUAGAGUCUCACUAUCAAGCACCGUCCACCAGCACCUACGCCUCCCUCCCCUAUGACGUCGACCACAGCCAACACAACACCUUCCUCCCGCCAGUUCAAGGGUCUCACAUAGGCUUCAAACCUUUCUUUAUUCCUCCUAAGCCAUUUGUCGAUCCCUCAAACCUCAACCCAUCACAUGAUAUUAUUCAGCCUCACAACCACCCAAAACAACCCCGCCCCACUUAUGCUGCACCUAAGCCAACCUAUGGUGUCCCAACACCCACUUAUGCUGCACCUAAACCAACUUAUGGUGUCCCAACACCCACUUAUGCUGCACCUAAGCCAACCUAUGGUGCCCCAACACCCACUUAUGCUGCACCUAAACCAACUUAUGGUGUCCCAACACCCACUUAUGCUGCACCUAAGCCAACCUAUGGUGCCCCAACACCCACUUAUGCUGCACCUAAACCAACUUAUGGUGUCCCAACACCCACGUACACAGAUGGUCAAGUGACGCCCACCUCUGUAGUACAACACCUCCACACUCACACCCACAUUUACCAGGGAGUUGGCGACGCCGAUGUCAGUCCCGCUGGCACACAGGUGGCGGUGAGUGGCAUCAGUGUAGUGCCACCUGUCACAAUCCAGGAGACCACCGACGUCCACGGCCCCUCACCACACCUCCCCGUCCACGGCCCCUCACCACACCUCCCCGUCCAACGCCCGUCACCACACCUCCCCGUCCACGGCCCCUCACCACACCUCCCAGGAAACAUCGUGGAGGUAGAAACUCCUCCAUACUUCGAGGACUGCCAGUGUGUGCUCGCCUCCGCUUGUGCCGUCUAUGACAUCAUACCCCGGAACGGACAGGUAGACAUCAGCGCCCUCAUCGACGCUCGUUCUCGUGGCUCAGAUAUUUUAUCCAACGCCACAGACGUCGAGGACGAGGUGACCACCACAGUUGCCCCAGAUGAUGAAGUCACCAGUCAAAAUUCAACCAACCUAGAGGAUGCUGCCGCCGUGACGGACACAGACGACGACUCCCGCGUCAGGAGAGAUACACUGGGGGCUGCCCACCUGCAUCACCCUGCUACCCACAGCGACACUUUCCCCCAGCAGCAACAACUCGGCGGCUACACUCCUGGUGUAAGUGACUGCGGCGCUAACUAUGUGUGUUGCCGCACCCCCGUCAGUCCCCAGCCACGCCAGCAACUCUCCUGUGGUCGUCGACACUCCAGCGGCGUCCUGGGGCGCGUUAAGACACCACAGUACGUGAAGGGCAACACGGAGUUCGGGGAGUACCCCUGGCAUGUGGCCAUCCUCAAGCCUAACGACGACUACGUGUGUGGCGGCGCUCUGAUCGACGACCAGCACGUCCUGACAGCCGCCCACUGUGUUGACGGACUGACCCAUCAGCCGCUGAAGGUCCGUCUGGGUGACUGGGAUGUGUACGGACCCACCGAGUUCUAUAAUCACUUGGAAUUUGAGGCAGAGCUCGUGGUGGUCCACCCAGAGUACUACGGCGGCAACCUCCGUAAUGACAUCGCCGUGAUCAAGAUGAACCGCUACGUCGACCUUCAGUCUAACCCACACAUCUCGCCCGUGUGUCUGCCAGACAGCUACAGCAGCUUCGUGGGUCAGCGGUGCCACUCUACCGGGUGGGGGAAGGACGCCUUCGGCAGCGAAGGCGAGUACCAGACCAUACUGCAGGAGGUAGAGGUGCCCGUGGUGGACCACUACCAGUGCCAACAGGCCCUCAGAAGCACCCGCCUGGGGCCCAGCUUCAACCUCCCGCAGGGCAUGUUGUGUGCCGGCGGCGAGGAAGGUCGUGACACCUGUCAGGGUGACGGAGGCGGCCCCCUGGUGUGCUCGGGUCCUGAAGGCAGGUUCCAACUGGCUGGCCUGGUGUCCUGGGGCGUCGGCUGUGGCCAACCAGGCGUCCCCGGCGUCUACGUCGACGUCGCUUACUACCUGGAGUGGCUUCACCAGGUGGGAGUCACCAUCGCCCACUGACGUCCACCUGUUGUGUCGAGGCUGCUGGUCUUCAGCUCAUCAACAUGAUGCUUUGUUAUAUUUAUAUAAAUAAAUAAUUUAAAUUAA